AUGAAUAACCAGGAUAUUCAGAAGAUAAAAGAGAAAAUGCCCAAGUAUUUACGCGAGAGCGACUUGAAGAGUCUUGACGUAUACAAAUACCAUGGUGCUGAUUAUACCUUUAUUGAAAACCUGCUGAAUCCAUUUUGGACCUGGUUCGCCUCAUUCUUCCCAGAUUGGAUGGCUCCGAAUAUGAUUACUUUUGUUGGGCUGCUUAUCAAUGUUUCGGCUUCCAUUCUUGUUGUGGUCAACGACCCUACUCUUGAAGGUAACUGCCCAGACUGGAUCUACAUUAUUGCCGCAAUUUCCUUAAUUACCUACCUAAAUUUCGAUUGUGCCGAUGGGAAACAAGCUCGCCGACUCCAUGCCUCCUCUCCAUUGGGUCAAUUGUUUGACCAUGGGUGUGAUGCAAUCAAUGAGGUAUUCAUUAUUAUGGUACUGGCUUCUGCAUGUGGAACGGGUAGUUCGUUCCACACCAGUUCUAUUCUAAUUAUCCAAUGUCUCGCUUUUUCUUUAGCACAGAUCUUGGAGUAUCACAUAGAUCUCCUGGUGGUGGGUAAUAAGUUUUUUGGAACAACAGAGUCAAUCCUCUCUGUCGCUCUUGUGUAUUGUCUGCGUGGUAUCUUUGGUAUUUCAAUCCUUUCGCGUCCCUUAUCUCAGGUGAUUCCUAUCUCAAUUCCUUGGAAUAUUUCCAUUUGCGGAUUCUUCAUUCAAGUUACGAAUAUUGGCAUGAUUUUCACAAUCCUGCAGCUCUUCUUCCACUCUCUCAUUCAUGGUUCACCUAUUCCAGAAGAGGAUCGUGGUGAAAAGAAUCUCACAACAGCAGACUACGUAAUUCGGGUUAUUCCCCCUCUGUUGCUUAUCUGA